GCCCGAAAGGCGAAAACCGGCCUGUAUUGGGGUGGAGUGGACGACUGUGGAGCAAUCUCGUUCUCUGCAAAAACUUCUCUCUGUGGGUUAUAUCUGGGAGGGAAUUUUCUUAUCCUGAUUUCUGGUUGGUUUUUUGACGAAUUGUCAACACCCACAAUUCGGUUAUUUCUCCAAUACACAGUACGAGAAUGGCAACUCUCGCAGAUUCUUUUCUUGCGGACCUUGACGAAUUAUCAGAUAACGAAGCUGAUCUUACUGAGGAAAAUAAUGCUGAUCUUGAAAACAUGGAGGAAGAUGAGGACGGGGACAUGGCAGAUCUAGAAGCUCUGAAUUAUGAUGAUCUGGACAGCGUCUCGAAAUUGCAGAAAACACAGAGAUUUAUUGAUAUAAUGCAGAAAGUAGAAGAUGCACUUCAGAAGGGUUCUGAUAUCUCUAAUCAUGGACUGGUUUUGGAGGAUGACCCAGAAUACCAGCUGAUUGUGGACUGUAAUGCAUUGUCAGUUGACAUUGAGAAUGAAAUUGUUAUUAUUCACAAUUUUAUCCGCGACAAGUACCGUUUAAAGUUUCCAGAGUUGGAAUCAUUGGUGCAUCACCCAAUUGAUUAUGCUCGUGUCGUGAAAAAGAUUGGCAAUGAGAUGGAUCUAACCCUUGUUGAUCUGGAAGGGCUUUUACCAUCAGCUAUCAUUAUGGUGGUCUCAGUUACAGCGUCAACCACGAGUGGCAAACCACUUCCAGAGGAAGUCCUGCAGAAGACAGUUGAUGCAUGUGAUCGAGCUCUUGCUCUUGAUUCAGCAAAGAAAAAAGUCCUUGAUUUUGUGGAAGGUAGGAUGGGAUACAUAGCUCCUAAUAUUUCGACCAUUGUUGGAAGUGCUGUUGCAGCAAAGCUGAUGGGAACUGCUGGUGGAUUAUUAUCAUUAGCUAAGAUGCCUGCUUGUAAUGUUCAGCUUCUUGGUGCGAAGAGAAAGAACCUUGCAGGGUUUUCUACUGCAACAUCGCAGUUUCGUGUAGGUUAUAUUGAGCAAACUGAGAUCUUUCAAAGUACACCACCUUCUUUGAGGAUGCGUGCUUGUCGGUUGUUGGCUUCAAAAUCAACACUUGCAGCACGAGUAGAUUCUAUCAGAGGAGAUCCAUCAGGGAACACCGGAAGAAACUUGCGGGAAGAGAUCAAAAAGAAGAUCGAAAAGUGGCAAGAGCCUCCACCUGCUAAACAACCUAAGCCUCUUCCAGUCCCAGACUCAGAGCCAAAGAAAAAGAGAGGUGGUCGUCGACUUAGGAAGAUGAAGGAAAGAUAUGCCAUAACGGACAUGAGGAAGCUUGCCAACAGGAUGCAAUUUGGUGUACCUGAGGAGAGUUCUCUAGGUGAUGGACUGGGGGAAGGCUAUGGGAUGCUUGGUCAGGCUGGGAGUGGCAAGCUGCGUGUGUCAGUUGCUCAGAGCAAACUUGCUGCAAAAGUUGCUAAGAAAUUUAAGGAAAAGAGUUAUGGAAGCAGUGGUGCUACCUCUGGACUGACAUCAAGUCUGGCAUUUACCCCUGUGCAGGGAAUUGAGCUCACAAACCCACAGGCUCAUGCACAUCAGCUUGGCAGUGGAAUUCAAAGUACCUACUUCUCUGAAACAGGAACGUUUUCGAAAAUUAGGAGGACUUGAUCUGCAAGCAAAUUAUUGUUACGAUAGGCGUCAGGUGAAACUGGAGGGAUUUAUGCAGCUGGGACAUUCGAACAAAUCAUCAGACUCGAAUAUUGUCUGUAAAUGAACUGAUCAAUAGAUCUGAGUAUUUGCCAUCUCUGUUUUCGUUGUCAGCUUGAUGCAGACAUAGAAGUUAAAAAUACAAAAAGAAAAGAGUUUUAUAGUUAUUUGUACGGAAUUCUUAGCUUUUGUUAACAGAGUUUAAAUUGUUUUUUGCAAUUUCAUGUCAAUGUGUGAACUUGAAAAAUGAAAUUACAGUUUCUUAAAAUGUCUACCUGAUCCAGGAAUA